ACCAUGUCUGUGGAAACAUCAUAUGCCAACCACGUCGACACUCGCACCGGGAUACCGCCGCCCAGACCAGACGACAUCUCCGAACUCGACAAAGUGCGAAAAGCGCUGAGGCAUUCAUUGAAGUCCCUCGGAAGUGUAAUUGGCGCAUCAAACGCUUCGGUUCCGGACGAUACCGGGGAUGGCUCCCGGCUGUCGCCAGAAGAGAAAAAUGCCCUCUACAAGAAAAUCGAAGGCAGCUUGAAGGACAUGACACAUCUGGAUAUCUCGAACGUCAAGUCACUGAUCGAAAUCGAAGCCCAGAAAUUGGCUGGGGAGCCAAUGAACGAUAAGAAGUAUCUGAUGGAAGGCUUGAUCAGCACUGCGGCCAGUCUUCCCGAGGGGUCCAAGAAUAGAAUGACUUUGACGAAUCAGUUUCUGACCCAGCUUUGGAAUGAUCUCGAUCACCCUCCGCAAUCGUACCUUGGAGAGAAAUACCAGUAUCGUUCGGCUGAUGGCUCUUUCAACAGUCUUAAGCAUCCUCAGUUGGGCGCCGCAGGUACUCCGUAUGCGCGGACGGUGAAGCCAAAUAUGAUGCAGACGCCUGCUCUGCCAGAUGCGGGCGUCGUCUUUGAUAGUGUCAUGACGAGGAAGCAUCGAGAAUUACAUCCGAAUCGCAUAUCGAGUGUUCUAUUUUACCUUGCCAGCAUCAUCAUUCACGACUGUUUCCGUACAGAUCAUCGAGAUUAUGCAAAUUCACUAACGAGUUCUUAUCUGGACUUAUCUCCGCUAUACGGAAGUAACCAGGAGGAACAAGACCAGAUGAGAACGUUUGCAGAUGGGAGAUUGAAACCGGAUUGCUUUUCGGAAGCGAGACUUUUGUUCUUUCCGCCGGGGGUAGGGUGUCUACUGAUCAUGUUCAACCGCUUCCAUAACCACGUCGUGGAGAAUUUGGCUCUCAUCAACGAGGGAGGACGAUUCAAUAGACCGCAGGCCCCCGCGGACGACAAGGACAAAGUCAAGAAUGAGGCAUAUCAGGCGAAGCUGAAGAAGUACGACAACGACUUGUUCCAGACCGGGCGCUUGAUCACCUGCGGUCUCUAUGUCAACAUCAUCUUGAUCGAUUACGUGCGCACCAUUCUGGACCUCAACCGAACGGAUAGUAAUUGGCAACUCAACCCUCGUGCUGAUAUCAAAGAUUUACCCAUUGGAGUCGGAAACCAGGUCUCUGCAGAGUUCAACCUUGUCUAUAGAUGGCACUCAACCAUCUCAGACCGAGACGAGAAGUGGACGCAAGAGCUUUGGGACGGCCUAUUUGGCAAGGGACAAGAUGCAACUUCAAUUGGCGGACGAGAGUUCCUAACAAAGCUUGGUGAAAUCACUAGAAAAACGCCUGCUGAUCCGUCAAAACGAGGUUUCAUGGGUCUGGAAAGGAACAAAGAUGGUGAACUCCCGGAUCAGCCGCUUGUUGAUGAGCUAGUCAAGAGCAUCGAAGAUUGCGCCAAUUCCUUUGGGCCCAACCGUGUUCCUGCCGUGAUGCGCGCCAUCGAAGUACUGGGUAUUGAGCAGUCUCGCUCUUGGAACUUGGGGAGUCUGAAUGAGUUUAGGAAGUACUUUCAUCUUGAACCGCAUCGUACGUUUGAAGAUAUCACAUCGGAUCCGUAUGUAGCUGAGCAGCUUAAACAUUUGUAUGAUCAUCCGGAUAAGGUGGAGAUUUACCCAGGCAUCGUUGUAGAAGAUGCUAAAAAGCCUAUGGCUCCUGGAUCAGGACUGACGCCUCCAUACACCGUCUCGCGUGCCGUCCUAUCCGAUGCAGUAGCCUUGGUCCGUGGAGACAGGUUCUACACAUUGGACUAUAACCCACGUACACUUACCAACUGGGGAUACCGGACUGCAGAUUCAGACCUGGAUGUGGACAACGGGUGUGUGUUCUACAAGCUGUUUUUGAACGCAUUCCCAAGGCACUUCAAAUCCAACAGCGUGUUUGCACACUAUCCACUCACUAUUCCGAGUGCAAUGAAGGUUGCCUUGGAGGAUCUCCAGAAAGACCAUUUGUACGAUUUUGGAAAGCCCGUUUAUAAACCUCUUCCGCUUGAGGUGCACGAUUUCAAGACAAUCGCAGGCAUUGUAAAAGAUAAGGAUAUGUUCAACAUUACGCACGACCAAUACCUUCUUGGUAACGUUUCUCUCGAAAUGAAGUCCGCACAAGAAGCAUCCAAGGAGUCUCCCAGGGUGGCGAGUACGAUGUCCAAAGUGCUGUACACUGAAGGCUGGGAACGCACAAUCCGUUCAUUCUACACCACAAAAACCCGCGAACUUCUCGCAUCGAAGAGCUGCAAGAUCGCCUCGUUCAACCAAAUCGACAUCAUCCGGGAUGUUGGCAACCUCGCAUCCGUCCAUUUCGCAGCGGAGACAUUCAUGCUCCCGAUCAAAACAGCCCAACGACCACGCGGCAUCUUCAGCGAACUAGAACUCUACACCCUUCUCUCCAGCAUCUCCAUUCUCUCCACCCCGCUCACAGAUCCCAUCCAACGCGCCUCCCUCCAAACAAAAACCCACAUUCCCCUCCAGACCCUCGAAAAAAUCACCCACUCCAACAUCAAAGCGCUCCAAAGCUCCGGUCUAGUCUCCUCGCUCAUUGGCCUCAUCAUCCCCGACGACAUCGACGAUCCCGAAUCCCCAACCCUACAAUCCUACGGUGGAAAACCAAUGCUCAAGCGCCUCCUAGACGCCGGCAUCUCUUCCCCCGAAGCAAUCGUAAACACGCACAUCAUCGAUACAUCCGCACACAUCGUAUCAACCCAAGGCUCGCUCUUCGCGCAAGUCCUCGAAUUCUUCCUCACCGGCCCCGGCGCAGAGCACUGGCCAAAGAUCCAAACGCUAGCCCACUCAGACACCGAAGAAGCAUUUUCAACGCUCACGCAUUGCGUCCUCGAAGCCGUCCGUCUCAACGGUGAACCAAGCCCCGUCCUCACCGCCACUAAACCCACCACCAUCACCGUCCCCAGCAGUACCUCUGAUUCCAAGUUCUUGGGCCUGUCGAUUACCCCGGAUACACCGGUUGUUCUGGACCUGCCUUCGGCAUUUAAAGAUCCGACUGUUUUCCAGGACCCGGCGCGUUUCGAUCCCACGCGUCCCCUUGAUGCGUAUCUCGCUAUAUAUCCCGACCCGCAUGGUACCGCGCACUUGACGCGGGUAGCGCUUACUUCGAUGCUGAAGGAAGUCGCGCGUUUGAAGGGUCUUAGGCCGGCCAAGGGCCCGCAGGGGAAGUUGCAUAAGAUUGGGAAGGUAGGGGGUGCUGGGGGACAUCGGUAUUUGACGGAGAUGUGGGAUGGGUAUUGGGGGUUUCCUGCUGGUGAGUUGAUUCUUUCCAUCCUUGUGAUGCUAUGUGCGGGUUUUGCUGACUUUAGGUGUAGCGUUGAAGGUUAA